UGUAAUCAUGUAAUCAUGACCUUUUUCUACAGUUUUCAUUUUGGGGUGAAAACAGCCAGGACUGAUGUCGAACUAUAUAAAGCGUUGUGGCAGUUGAAAUUAAAAAUGAAGCUGGCCAUUAUUUUCUUGUCCAUUUGUGUGGCCAUGUCUCACCAACAAUAUUACCACCCCCGGAUGAUGAUGGGCUAUCCCUGGAUGUCUCCAUUCGCCCAGUAUCCCAUGUAUUUCAAUAAUUACAUGGAGGACCCAUACAUGAGCCAGCGUGAGGACGUGUAUGAUACUGAAGACGUUCAGGGGAGAGUUAAGGGCUCGUUUCAACAAAGAGGAGAAAAUCGAUUUUUAUCAGGAAGUGGAUCAACUUCCAUUGGAAAUCCCCUGUUGAAAACUGUUACCUUUACCAUCACGUCCACCUGCACUGCCCUGAGCGUCACGACGUGCGUGGCCAUUUCGAAUUUGUCGCCCAAUCCGGUCGCUUGUAACGGACGCCGGAGACGCUUCGCCGAGUACAACGACGAGCAAGGCGAAGACAUUGGGGCCCAAUAUCCAAUCAUCCCCAGCGAAGUUCGCAUCGUGAUGCCAACCGAGGAGCCGAGUUCAGGACUGACACACAAAUCCCGUCAAUUACCAUUUGGCAUUUCUUCGUCGAUUGAUGAUGAGAAUGAACUCGCCGGUAUCGGGAAACAACAGCGGGGCAAACGAUUUCUCCAGCAAUUCUGGAACGCUUUUGCUACUGGAGUAACGUCGACUAGCUGGUCGGUGGUUUCCAGUACCUUCACUUCGACCCUGGCCAUUCCUGGUGUUAGCACCGUCCUGCCGUGUCUGCCGGCCGGUUAUGGCAUUUGCCAAAUUGCGGUUGGCAAGAAAUUCCAGGAGAGAUUUAAAUUGACGCUACUGAUUUUAACGUUAGGAGGAAUUAUUAUUUUCUUUUGGUUUACAGACUUUCCAGAUAGCACCAAAUCUGAGUCGUCUGUCGUAACAGAAAAUGAACGUCUUUUCAAACCGAAUAAAGGUUUAAACAUUUUCUUUAUCGAGACGUCGGGUCGAUCUUGCCUGACUGCCCGUCAGGCGUGCGGGAUUGAAUCGGCCGCUAGAGAAAAUCCAAAGGCAACCAUCACGAUGUACAUGGAGAAGAAUCCAAUAGUCAACCUGCCAAUAAUUGAUAACACCCAUAAGAGAAAAGUUGAAUGUGAUAUCACUGGCGCGUUAUUCAAACAAUUCCAGAAUAUUCGAAUUAUCAGGGAAGAUUUGCUGGACUAUUUAGAAGGAACUCCAUUCUGGGAAUUUUACCGGACUGGCCCAUUUAACAAGUCGACCAAUCCGCUGGUUCACCGGAGUGAUGUAAUCCGCGUAGCUUUGCUGUGGAAGAUUGGCGGAGUCUAUUUGGAUUUGGAUUGUAUUGUCAUGCGUCCGCUGGAUAGUCUGAACAACACAGUUGGAACUGUUCGAGAUUUCAUACCCAAUUGGGUUGAGAAUGGCGUUAUGGCCUUCACCUCUGGACAUCCGUUUCUAUACUUUCUCAUGAAGUCGAUGAUAUUGGCCUUCCGGUCGGAUAAUUAUUUGAGUCUCGGUCCGCCUGCCCUGACGGAAGCCAUUCUCGAAUUUUGCAACCGGAAUGACUUGCCAGCAAAUAAAUGGUUGCCCUGCUGGCGGAAUUCAUCCAUUUUUAUUCAACCAGCGGAUUCCUUCUACGCCAUCGGCAGUGGACGUGCGGAUGCUUUCUAUCAGUCUGAAGUCGAUCCGGCUGACUGGGACAAACUUAAAAAUAGUUUUCUCUCACACAUUUAUGAUUCCGGUAGUGGACGGACGGUUCCUUUUGGUUCUCUGUACGCCCAUUUGACUCGAAAAUAUUGCCCCCUCAAUAGUCACAGAAUGUUUUUGUGAUGUACAAACUAUACUGCCGCAUAUAUUCCUACAUUUAAAUAUCUGAAUAUG